GUCGACUGGCCGGUUCUGGAUUGUAAGGGUAACUGGAUGGGAGGUUGACCCUGGAUUCGGAAUGGUAUUAAGACUUGUCCUGGGAUAUUUUGUUUGAUGGUGUAGGAAAGUGUGAUGAGGCAUGCUCGGUGGGGCAGAGGUAGAAGAAAUUAGCCAUUAUGCAGAUGGUGUCAAAUAAAAUUACAACUAGCUCUAGUGCUGAAUAUCUCUAGUGCGGAAAAGCAUCCGUUGCCCCUCUCUCUCUCUCUCUCUCUGCGCGCUCAAGAUGGCAAGCCCCGACUCCCACACCGAUCCCGUCACACUGGACAAAUCCGCCAAGAUCUUCGUCGCCGGCCAUCGCGGCCUAGUCGGCUCGGCCCUGGUUCGAAAACUCACCCACCUCGGCUUCACCAACCUCCUUCUCGUACCCCACUCCGACCUUGAUCUCACAAACCAAUCCGAAGUCGAAUCCUUCUUCUCAACCCACAAACCCCACCUCGUAAUCCUUGCCGCCGCAAAGGUCGGCGGCAUCCACGCCAACAACACCUACCCAGCCGACUUCAUAACCCUAAACCUCCAAAUCCAAACCAACGUCAUCACCUCGGCUUUUCGCCAUGGUGUUCAAAAACUCCUCUUCCUGGGCUCCUCUUGCAUUUACCCUAAAUUCGCCCCACAACCCAUAUCAGAAGAGUCUUUGUUGACCGGGCCGUUGGAGCCCACGAAUGAAAUGUACGCGAUCGCAAAGAUCGCCGGCAUUAAAAUGUGCCAGGGGUAUAGGGUUCAGUAUGGCUGGGAUGCCAUUUCAGCUAUGCCAACGAAUUUGUAUGGGCCUAAUGAUAAUUUCCAUCCCGAGAAUUCGCAUGUUUUGCCGGGGAUGAUGAGGAGGUUUCACGAGGCGAAGGUGGUGGGAAGGAAGGAGGUGGUGGUGUGGGGGACAGGGAAGCCGUUGAGGGAGUUUUUGCACGUGGACGAUUUGGCUGACGCAUUGGUUUUCUUGAUGGAGAGGUAUAGCGGGUUGGGGCAUGUGAAUGUGGGGAGUGGGGUUGAGGUGAGUAUUAAGGAGCUCGCGGAGUUGGUGAAGGAGGUGGUCGGGUUUAAGGGUGAGAUUGUUUGGGAUAAUUCGAAGCCUGAUGGGACUCCAAGGAAGCUCAUGGAUAGCUCGAAAUUAGCUGGUAUGGGUUGGGUUCCGAAGAUUUCGCUGAGGGAUGGGCUUGUUGAUACCUAUCAGUGGUAUCUGGAGAAUGUCAAGCAAUAAUGCUGCAGGUGAGAUCUCCAAUUUUUAGCUACUAAGUUAAUGGUUUACGUGAAUUCUAUUGUGUCUUGAUGUCAUGAACGAUAUAAGCUUGAUCUCAUGAACGAUAUAAGCUGUUAUUUAGAAUCCACCAUGUAUUGUCUUGAGAGUAAUUUCUGGUGCUUUAUGCUCUCAGAUUUUUUUAAGGAAUCCUGAUGAGGAUUGACAUCAUUAUGUAUCGAAUAAUCAAUUGGUUUGUUGUACAAUGCCAAGGCAAUGAAUAAACUGAUUUUCAACGA